AUGGAUGAUGAUCAUAAAUUGCCUCUUGAGGAGCAGACUCAGUCCUCGGAUAGCAAGUGUUCCUUUGAAAAGACCGAAGAGCUUGAGUUUUCCCUGCAUAACUAUUUGCAAGGCCAUCAUCUCGAGUUGACCUGUGAUGGGAAGUUUGUUCGUUGGAUGAGAGGAAAUCCCAAGCACCCACGAAACUGGCCGCGAUUGAGAAAGACAUACGAUACUGUGGUUAUCUGUCUCUUGGAUCUGUUCAUAACCGCGAGCAGCACGGCGGGUGCCGCGGCAGCCACACAAGCCAAAGAUGAAUUUCAUCUCAACCAAACCAUGUCAACUUUCUGCUUUGUUACUCUAUUUCUCCUCGGACAGUCUAUCGGCACAAUCAUUUUACCCCCUUGGUCUGAAGCAUUUGGUCGCAAGAAAACGUAUCUGUUCAGUGCCGGGCUGAGCUGUAUCUGUUGCCUUAUCAUUGGACUGGCACAUUCAGUGACAGCGGCCAUCAUAAUGCGCCUUCUGGCUGGACUGCUUUCAGCUGUACCUGGAACCAUACUGGGUGGAAGUAUUGAGGACAUGUUCAACUCACAAGCUCGAAUUUGGGUCGUCUUCUCGUGGACAGUUGCGUCAAACAUAGGGUUGAUCAUCGGUCCGAUCACGAGUAGUUAUGUGAUUGAAUUGCUGGAUUGGAGAUGGGUAUUCUUCAUCUACGCUAUUGUGAUUGGCUGCAUCACAGCCCUUUUGUGCCUCAUCCGAGAGUCUCGAUCGUCUUACUUACUUACUCGCGAGGUCGACCGACUACGAAGGGAAGUCAGAGAAUUACCCCCAGCUCUGAACCAUGACCACUCGCCGGACAUGCAAACUUUUGUCAGGGAUGCACUUUUUCGCCCAGCACAACUGUUCUGUCAAGAACCAAUCAUCUUCACAAUCGCGAUGAUGAUUUCCGUGGCCAUGUCCCUCAUCUACAUUUUCACAGAAGCACUUCAGCCCAUUUAUCAAUCCAUGGGCUUCUCCGCGUCUCAAACAUCAUUGAUUUUCUUGGCACUCGGAGUUGGAACUUGUCUGAGUGCUUUCACUCGCAUCCUUGACUGCUACAUCUUCAAAAGACGUAGAGCCCAGGGCAAACCGAUUAGACCGGAAGACAAGCUCAUGGGACUGGCCAUUGGCGCCCCAUUUUUGUCAAUGGGCCUUUGGUGGUUUGGAUGGACCAUUCCACCCAAAAUUUCAGGGUCUGAAAGCUCAUGGAUCGUUCCAACGCUGUCUCUUGUCUUUGUCGGAUAUGCCCUCACCGAAUUGGACACUGUACUGUAUGGUUAUAUCUCGGACAGUUACCUGAGCUACUCUGCCAGUGCCACUGCUGCUGUGGCAUUUCUGCGUGGCAUUUUGUCAGGCGCAUUUCCGCUUUUCACCAAACAAAUGUUCAAUGGACUUGGUGCAAACAUGGCUGUUUCGGUGCUGGCAAUCGCAGCCACUGUGUUCUGUGUUGUGCCUCCGCUGUUUUUGUGUUAUGGAGAAAAAAUCAGAAAGCGGAGUCGAUUUGCGAAGUACAGCUGGGAAAUUCAGGAGGAAAUGGGAAAGGAUGAAAGUGAUCUCUAA